AAGUUUGCAGCACUCUGGAUUUAAGUGUCAACAAAAUAACACAAAAACACUAUUUCCAUUUCUUUAUUCAAAAUUCAAACACCAAACGUGUUGUUCUGGCCAAACAUUUGUUUUAAUUUCCCGUAUUUUUCUUGCAUUUCUGACAUCUUUCGAGUGCUUAAAAUGGUUUACCUAAGUCAUCCUUGGACCCCCGCCAUAAACCCCUUCUACAUUGGCCCCUACCCGAGAUGCGCAGUUUGUCCCUGUAACUUCGACAUCUAUAAAGGAUACACCCCCGGUGGCUGGCAUAGUCGUUGCUAUAGCAGCUAUUGACGACGAGUACCUACAUAAAUGCACGAAAAUGCAAGAAAAAGCAAGAAUAAUUUCGGGAACAAAUCUGAAUAAACUUCGACACCGCACAACAAUUCACCCCUCAUACAGAUAUGUACAACAAAAAUAAAAUUGAUUCACCAUCAA